GACACCGACUACCGGGCACGGCGCUGUUGAGGACAAACACAGACCGGGAGAGGGGAUCAUAACGAAGAGGCACAGCCACCAAGCCGGCUCUGGUACCAACGGGUUCAUACAUUUAUAUAAAAAAACCAAACUCACCGGCUGGUUACGGAGAGUAGGUGCGGCCGGGGCUCCAGAGCUGAAGCGGAAUAUGACGGCCAGUUAGCCCCCGCAGGAGGAUCUGAAACAGGCAUGGCAUCGUCGUCCUACUUGGAACCCAACCUCAAUCACUCUGCAGCGAGUGGUUGUGGGGUUAAAUCCCGGUCUGUGAUGCCUGGUGGUACCGGUGGUGGUACCAGUGGCUCUACUGGCGGUCUUGAGCGACCCUCAGGCUCCAUGGACCGGGUUCUGAAGAUCUUCCAUUAUUUUGAGACGAACAGCGAACCAUGCACCUGGGCUAGUAAUAUCAGGCAUGGAGAUGCUACAGAUGUCAGGGGUGUUAUUCAAAAGAUAGCAGAGAUCCACAAAUUGCGCUGUGUGUCCUCUCUGGGCCUCCGUCUGACCCAUCUGCACUCUGAUGCACUCCAUUGGUUACACCCUGAUUUGGGCGUGUGUCACAUCAGAGAGAAAUAUGAGAAACAGCACCCCCAAGAGGAAUGGAGGUAUGAGUUGCGGAUGCGGUACCUUCCUAAAGGUUACCUCAGCCAUUUCUCUGAGGACAAACCCUCUCUUAACUACCUCUAUCACCAGGUAAAGAGUGACUACAUGCAGCAUAUAGCUGAUCAGGUGGAUCAAGAAGUUGCUCUGAAACUGGGCUGUUUGGAAAUUAGGAGGUUCUUCAGAGAGAUGCCAGGCAACGCCCUGGAUAAGAAAUCCAAUUAUGAACUACUAGAGAAAGACGUUGGUUUAAGAAGGUUCUUCCCCAAAAGCCUGCUGGACUCCCUCAAGGCGAAGACUCUGCGUAAGCAGAUCCAGCAGACCUUUAAGCAGUUUGCUAACCUCAACGAUGAGCAGAGCAUCCACAAGUUCUUUGAGAUACUCUCUCCCAUCUACCGCUUUGACAAAGAGUGCUUCAAAUGUGCUUUGGGGUCUAGUUGGGUAAUAUCAGUAGAGUUAGCUAUUGGACCAGAAGAAGGAAUCAGCUACCUCACAGAUAAGGGCUCAAUGCCUACACACUUAGCUAACUUUAACCAGGUUCAGUCCAUCCAAUACUCCGCUUUGGAAGAGAAGGACAGGAAAGGCAUGUUGCAGCUCAACGUAGCAGGAGCUCCAGAGCCCCUCACAGUCACCACGGCAUCGCUAACUACGGCAGAAAACAUGGCUGACUUGAUUGACGGAUACUGUCGACUCGUCUCCUCAGCUACGCACUCCUUCAUUGUCAGAGUGCACAAAGAGGGGGACAGAGCUCUGCCGUCCAUCCCCAAAGUAUCAAAUCAUGAGAGGCGGAUGGAAAAACGAAUGGAAGGAGUACGGACCCGAGCUGUUUGUGUCUCAGAAACGGACGACUAUGCUGAGAUCAUAGAUGAGGAGGACACGUACACGAUGCCUUCAACACGGGACUAUGAGAUUCAGCGAGAUUGUAUUGAGUUGGGACGCUGCAUAGGCGAGGGUCAGUUUGGAGACGUCCACCAAGGAGUCUACAUCAGCCCGGAGAACCCAGCCCUGUCUGUGGCAGUGAAGACGUGUAAGAACUCAACAUCCGACAGCGUCAGGGAAAAGUUUCUCCAAGAAGCAUUGACCAUGCGUCAGUUUGACCACCCCCACAUUGUAAAGCUGAUGGGUGUCAUCACAGAUAAUCCAGUCUGGAUCAUCAUGGAGCUCUGCACGCUCGGAGAGUUACGCUCAUUUCUCCAGGUGAGGAAGUACAGUCUAGACUUGGCCACUCUCAUCUUGUACUCGUACCAGCUCAGCGCGGCACUGGCAUAUCUGGAGAGCAAGCGCUUUGUGCACAGGGACAUCGCCGCGCGGAACGUGUUGGUGUCUACAGUCGACUGUGUAAAACUUGGGGACUUUGGUUUGUCUCGAUACAUGGAAGAUAGCUCGUAUUAUAAAGCCUCUAAAGGUAAACUCCCUAUUAAAUGGAUGGCUCCAGAAUCCAUCAACUUCAGGCGAUUUACCACAGCCAGUGACGUCUGGAUGUUUGGCGUCUGUAUGUGGGAGAUCCUAAUGUUCGGCAUCAAGCCUUUCCAGGGCGUGAAGAACAACGACGUCAUCGGCAGGAUAGAGAACGGCGAGCGACUGGCGAUGCCCCCCCAAUGCCCUCCUACUCUCUACAGCUUGAUGACAAAGUGUUGGUCGUAUGAUCCCAGCAAGAGGCCACGCUUCACUGAACUCAAAACACAGCUGAGCACUAUAUUAGAGGAGGAGAAGCUCCAGCAGUUAGAACGGAGCAGGAUGGAGAUGAGGAGACAGGUCACUGUUUCAUGGGACUCUGGAGGGGCUGAGGAAGCACCACCAAAGCCGAGUAGACCCGGUUAUCCAAGUCCUCGCUCGAGUGAAGGUUUCUAUCCCAGUCCCCAGCAUCCUGGACACUACCAGAUGGCGGGGUACCCCGGCCCUCACACCCUCCCCUCGGUGCCCAGCGCCCUGUACCCCCCACAGGCUGCCAUGCUGGACACACACCAUGCGCACACACACCCCCGUCAACAUGUCCACACACACUCGCACGCACAGCACCUUCCCCAUCCACAUGGGCACGACAUGGCUCUAUGGGGCUCUGCAAUGGAGGACAGGGCAGUAGACAUGCAGCAGUGUGUAGGCCAACAGUGCCUGUUAAUGGAGGAACAGCUGAUGAUACAACAACAGCAGAUGGAGGAGGACCAGAGGUGGCUGGAGCAGGAGGAAAGGCUGCUGAAACCAGACUCUAGAAGUUCUAGAGGGAGUCUGGACAGAGAAGACGGUGGACUUCAACCACCGACGGGAAACCAGCACAUAUACCAGCCCGUUGGAAAAGCAGAGCAUGCAGCUCCCCCAAAGAAGCCCCCUCGACCUGGUGCCCAGGGCCAAGUGGGCAGUCUGUCCUGUCUGAACACGGUCGACAGUUACAACGAUGGAGUCAAGCCCUGGCGGCUGCAGCCCCAAGAGAUAAGCCCGCCCCCCACGGCCAAUCUGGACCGCUCCAACGACAAGGUGUACGAGAAUGUGACGGGAUUGGUCAAAGCUGUGAUCGAGAUGUCGAGCAAGAUUCAACCAGCUCCUCCAGAGGAAUACGUUCCCAUGGUCAAGGACGUGGGUCUGGCGUUGAGGACGUUAUUGGCCACAGUGGAUGAGACUCUCCCACAACUUCCAGCCAGUACACACAGAGAGAUCGAGAUGGCACAGAAACUUCUGAACUCAGACUUGGCAGAGCUGAUUGGGAAGAUGAAGUUAGCCCAACAAUAUGUGAUGACCAGUCUCCAGCAGGACUAUAAGAAGCAGAUGUUGACAGCGGCUCACGCUCUUGCAGUCGAUGCCAAAAACCUGCUGGAUGUCAUCGACCAAUCGCGGCUCAAGAUGAUGUCCCAGUCCCGCCCACACUAGCCACGACAGCUGGACUGAACAACAGGAAACUGGUCUUUUUAUUUGAGAGACAGCAUCCCUUUGGUUACUGUUAGCAAUGUGAGAAUCGUGAUAUGUGAGAGUUGUCUUAGCUGACUGCUUUACAUCAAAGGAGAACAACUCCAGCUCCUGAUCCUGAUCCUGUCGUCUCCCGUGGGAGCUGAGGACGUCUCUCCACCACUGUGACUUUCGUAAUAGUAGAACAGAGCAAAAACACUUCCUGAAUCAGGGACCUGGCAGCUUCUCUCACUUUGGACUGUAAUAUAAUAAUGAAAGGAGGAAAAGCAACAAGGAAGUGUCGGGAUUUUUUAAGAUAUGGGUGAUCCGGAUUCCUGGGAUCCCGGGUUUUAAAAGGUUUAAAACCCUCCGACAGAAACACUAUCAUGGGAGUGAUUCGAUCUGGAACCGUCGACAUCGAGUGGAUUCGUCUCAUCGAGGGAUAACGCUCUGAAGCAAAGCCAUCAGAACCUGAUCAGGCUGCGUUUGCUCUGCAACAUAUCUGCAUGAAACUUCACUGUGGAAAUGGACUUAGACGUCAGCCAGCAGCCAUCAUCAAUACAUCUGUUGAUAUCGUGUGUCGUGACCCCCUGGAUGUUGUGAACUUUACCUCCACAUUACCACGGAUUCUUUUGAAUGGGCCGAUCGAACCGCAUGGUAUCUAUUCAGCUCUGAUCACGUGCGUCGCUUCGAUUGGACGCUUCAACGAGGACAUCGAGUGAAGACGCCGUUGGUUUGAAGAAGCAGCCUCUUCGUCCAAUCCCAUCUUUCCUCCGUCUCACCAGGUUUUAUUUAUAGACUCAGAAAUUGCAGAGGAGGUGACGGAGGGAGAGACGGGUCUUACAACUUGAGGACAGUCCAGCGCCGGUCUGCUGCCUGAAGGAAGAACACACUCUCCUCGCCUUUUUUAAAUCUAUUUUACCCACUUUUCUUUCCUUUUUUUGUGUUCACUCUUCCUCCCCUUUGUGAAGUCUUCCUCAGCUCCUCUCUGAGCCAGUUUUAAAGACUCCAAAUGUGAAGAAUCCAACUCUGUCUGGGUAAACAGUGCAGACGGGACACUUCCUUCUCGCACUCUGUCUAAUUAACCCUUUUAUCGGCUGGCUCCAUGUUUUUUUGUUUCGUUCCAGCAGUCACAAUCUUCUUCCUCUCUACUGAACACUUAGAAUACAAGCAGAUAUUCAAUCCCAGCACUGACUCUGAUGAGCCAAAACAAAACAAAAUACGAAGGUGGGUUUUGAGGAUUUACUUGGUGUAACUGGAUAUUUCCUAUUAGGAAGAGAAGGACAUCAUGUCUCAGACUGGUCACUGAGCUCGACUGAACCUUUUUCUGUGAAGACAUUGUCUUGUCUCCUUUCUUUCUCCUCACCUACAGUCCUAAUAGUAUUCAGUUGUUCGUCAUACGAGACUGGUGUCACGCCUUUACCUGUCCCCUCACCCACCAGGUGUCACAAAGUGAAUUUACUGAGGACACAAACAAACCUCACAACUGGAACCUCUGUGCUUUGAGUCCCAGUUUUUGUCAGGUGUAACUCUUUAAAUAUGUCCCUCAAACCAACAGUCCCCAGAGACACACACACACCACACACACACACACACACACACACACACACACACACACACACACACACACACACACACACACACACAAAAUGUGGCGCCACAUGACGGGAGCUUGUCUUGCAGACACAAAACACUGAACUGAAAAUGCAGCAGAUCACACGUGUCUUUGUUAAUAGUGACCCCACAUGGAGUAUGACAUACCGCUAUAUGGAAUAUACUGGCGACUGUACUAGUAUAGCAUGAUAAACAGGUAUGGAGAAGAGCAUAUUUGCACAGCACCCCAAAAAAAAAUCCAGACUUUUUUUUAACCCUAUUUAACCCAGAUUUGAUUUCCAGGUUUAGCCAGCAAUGAAACUAUCAAAUAUCUGGGUUUUAUAGGGAUUAAAAAAAUUUAAAAAACAAUCUAUUUUAUCUUGUCGUUGCGUAAAUCUGCUCAUGUUGGUAUAUUGUAAGCUAUACUGGUGUGAAUCACUGGUGAAUUGUACAGAACUAGUACUAGUAAACACUGGUUUUUAUUUUGUCUUCUGGGCUAAAUCAGCUAUCUUGUCAAAUCGGAGGAGGAAAAAAAUGAAAUAAAAAUAAUGAUGAAAUAU